GCUGUUGGAAGGACUUGAACGCAAAAAUUCAAAGCCAGUACUACAAUCGCACGGACUUGCCUGCAAAACUAAUCGAAUUUGUCUGGCUUCAAAAAAACAAGACCUAUGUCAUGUCUGGUUUGGAGCGGUGUUUCCGCAAGAUAGCAAUGAACCUUACCAUGCCGUCCAGUGAAUUAGAAGGCGAGCUCUAUGAGCCGUCCAUUUUCACUCGUGGUACAGAAAGAAAUCCACCUGAGGUGCAAGAGGUAAUGCGUACAAAAGUAGCUAUUCGUGAAGCUCGUUACUUCGCAAGAUUCAAUAGACGUACUAGAAACAUCCAGGUGGAGGAAGCGAAUCAUUUGGCAAGAGUAAAUUGUGGGCGUGCUCUCUUUGGUGAAGUGGAUGUGGUGCAAAACGACCCCAGUAUUAUUGCAUUGAUUACGUUCACCAUCUAUGUCACAAAUCAAGCAGCUGCAGUAGAUGAACCUGUUUUUCCUUCACCUUCUAAUUCACCUGUACCGAGUACCAUUGUUCGCCGCACUCGUACUCGUGACCCAAUAAUCGUUUAA